AUGACAAAUAUCGGCGCUUGCGCAGGUGUGCUCGGAGCGCAUGCAUACUUUCAGUACACUGGGGAGAGGCAGGAGGCAUACAAACACUUUGGUCGACAUGUCAAGCGACGAUCAUUCGAGUUCUGGAACAUCUUCUGGGAUCCGGAGCUCAUGGCGAGCCUCGACCCCAUCAUGCAGCAAUACGUCUCACACAACAGCCUCUGGUACACACGGUGGCUGUCAGAUGAGGCCUUUGAGCGAGCAGAACAGGACGUGCAACUCGAAAACAGCAGCAGUGAGCCUAUGACAGAUGCUGCAACACCUGUCGAGCAACAGCCACCGUUCUACACCACACCCGUCGACUAUGCCGAAGACCUGCGACGCAUCGACAUUGAAAGCACGCUGGCUACUAUGGAAACCAUGGAAGCAGACAAGAUGGAACUACUCCAGGAGGCCGAAUACCUGCUUUACAUAAACGCACAGCAAAAGUACGACUACUGCCACAUGGGGUCUACAGAUGAGGAUGAACGUCAAGACCUCCUCCGACAAAUCCAGCUCGUCGAGGUAGCACACGUCAGUCUUCGCAACGCAGCCCACGACAUCGACGUCAAGCUCAUACAAUGGCGCAUGUGCGUCCGACACAAAACCAUCUGGGAAGCAGGCCAAACCACCGCGACAGGGACGGAUAGGCUCGCCAACUGGGCACCCGAGCCGCCAUCCAUAUCACCCACGACCGAAGCCAUAGUGCUCGCCACGCACAAACCGACAUACGCAAUGGGCGAGUUAGAAAGAAUACAUUUACAAAUCUCUGCAGAGGUUAAGACAUUUGAGGAUGGUUGGAAAGACGAUAGACAGCCGAGGGAUAAGAGGGAGAGGUGGAAGAAGGAUGCAGAAGACGGGAGGAAGUUUUUGAGAGCGGCGGAUGUUGUAUUGUUAAGGUUGCAGAAGGCGAGGGAGAGGGUUGAGGGAAGCAGUUCGAUCGUAGAAGCGGCGGUGGACAGCGGGAUGGCGAUGAAAGAGAAAGAGGGAGAGGAUAGACAUGGGAGGAGAGAUGGUACUGUUCCGGCAACAACGGCUGAAGUCGCGGAGUUACAAGAAGGUCCCUUGCUUACUAGAAACCAGGUUGAGAAGGCGAGCGUGCAUGGAGUACAAGCGACGAAAGCGUCUGCUGGGGCUUUGGAUAAGGAUAAGUCGUGA